AUGCUUGGAAGUUUACUCUCUCAUAGCCCGCUGCUCGAGAAGUUGGUGAUGCAAAUCUCAAGUAUUUUAGACUGCAUUCAAAUUGAUGCUCCCAAGUUGAAAUCCUUUGACUUCACUGACAAUAUAAAUAUACUUUCCUUGGUGAAAUCACCAUUUCUUGUGAAACUUUCACUUGUGAGUGCAGCAGUUACUUUGAAGACAGAAACACAGCUUUCAAAGUAUUUUGAGGUUUGUCCUGCUCUCGAGCAUCUCCACUUCGAUGAUCGUAGUCUCCAGAUUGAUUAUGUGGUUGUUAAGGAAAUUCCUUCAAGUUUAUCUGAUAUGACGUUGGAUCACCUCAGGUCUGUUAAACUUGAAGGUAUUACAGGCACAAAGACUGAAAUCGAAUUUAUCAAACUUCUAUUAUCCAAAUCUCCAGUGCUAGUGAGAAUGUUAAUCCAGCAGGAGAUUGCAAAUGUAUCUGCUGAAACAAGACUAAAGGUAGUUACAGAGAUAACAAAAUUUCCGAGGGCAUCACCUAAAGCACAAGUUUACUAUAACAGUGGUGUGUGA